AUGUUCGGUCGACUAGAGCCCAACCGCAAUUCGUCGAAGCAGCCCAUUGAUCACGGCUCUUCACGAACUGUCGACACCGCCUUAUCCCCUCCUCAAUCCCCUUACCCUCAACCUACGGGCGCACUCCACCCUGCCACCCUCGCCCCGCUCUCGGCCUCGCGUUCCUCCUCGUACUCUCACCAGCCCCCGCAACUCGCUCCCUACCGCCCCCUCGCACCGGCUUACGAUCCGACACGACCUAAUCCGCCCUCAUCGGUGGGCUUACAUGGGCUGGCGGAGGCAGCGAUGAUGGAGGAAGCGAGGGACAGCGCACCGUUGGAUAGGCGGUUGCCGCCCCCGUUGACACAGCGACCAUCGAACGAGGAUCAAGGGAGGUUCUGGGAGCAGCGUCCUCCUCAACCACGGCCGCAGAGUGCCUGGACAAUCCCGCUUCGUCCCACACCACUUCCAUCACCCGCUCGCACCGCCCCUCCUCCCGCACCCGUCACCAUGCCCCAUCAAGCCAGACCUGCCCAAUCCCAAGCUCCAGCGUCCUCCUCUUCCCGCCCCACUCCUACCCCCCCACCCUCCCGCCCCACCCCAACCCCAGCAGCAACCAGACGCCCUCCCACCAUAUACACCAGCGAGAACCCUCAUCCGCUCGCCAACAUCAACCUCGACGCGGUAUACAACCCGCCGACCGUCGAGGAAUGGGAAGAGCAAGCUUUGCGCGUGCUCCGUCUCCCGCCUAUCCCACCCGCUCGACUCCGCAUCGCCGCGGCGGCAAGGGCGGCGGCGAAAGCGGAAGCUGAGGCUGCUGCUGGGAAGGCAAGCGGUACGGCAGCAUCGAGUACGAUUAGCCCGCCUUUGACAGCUGGUCCGGACGCGCCUCGGCCAAGCAUUCCAGGCAGAUCCAUCCCGGCGGAAAGCCGACCGGCCGACCAGUCUCGUCAGCCGCCCAUUACUCAACCAACCCCACCUUCCUCCGCCUUACCUUCAUCUACCAUCGCUACUCCCACCCUACCCUCAAGCACCAUCACUCCCCUUCCCACCUCCACAUCUCCCCACUCCACCUCGUCCAACGGGAAACCUCGCCAUGGCCGCGGACACGAUCGUCGACCGCGCGCGACCCCCCAUUCCUCCGUUUGGGCAGCGAGCGCAAGCCAAGUUGCACCCUUUGACGCGGGCGGGCGGCGGAUCCACCCUCCUCCGGGCGGAGCGACGCUUCCUGCCCCUCGGUCCGCGCGCAGUCUGUCCGAUGUUGGGCUGUCGGACCGGGAAAGCUCUCCCGUCGAGCCAAAGUCGAGCUCGGAUCCGGGACCGGCGGAGCCGGUAGAGGUCGAGCAUACCCCUGCGCCCAAGAAGAAGCGGCCCCCACCCAGCCUCCACCUCUCCCCCGCUGGUACAGCAUCAGCUUCCCUCCCUCGCCCGGAUGCCGCCGAGACAUUCGAGGCGCACUCGACUCGACGUCGGACCUCCACUCGCCCGGACCUGGUCCGUGCUCACUCUGGAUCCGCCAGCUCUCGGUCCCCUUCGAGCGCUGGAUCGGGGCAUCGACCCCGCCGCCGCCCACAACCCGGACCGACCGCAGACCCGCUCGCUGGGAUCUCUUCGGCGGCGGAGUAUGAGGUGCGAACAAGGGAGGAAGAGCUGGAACGGCGGUGUGCGGAGCUCGAGGAAGAGCUGCAGAAGACCAAGAAGACCCUGGCCUUCACAUCCGAGCUCAACCUCGAGAUGCAAGCCCAGGGAGUGAAAGACCGGAAAGAGUUGACGAGGGUGCAGGAGGAGCUGGCGGUCUGGAAGAAGGGGGCGGGGACGGCAGAGGGGAUGGCGGAGAAGGGUGAUGGGGGAGAGAGGACUGCAGCUGUAGAGUAG